CGUCAUCUUUAUCUGCCUCCUCCAACAGUGUCUGAUAGGACAAACUUUUGAAACCCUAAACUUAACUUAAAUAUUGGUUUCUAAUUGAGUCAUGAGAUUCUGAGUUAGGGUUCGGCUUGUCUUAUCUUCUCUCUCCUAUAUUGGGUUUUUAGUUUUCGAAGAUUGAUUUGGAGUUAUAUUUGAUUUUCUGUUUCUAUUUUUUGGCUUAACCGCAAGUGCAUUCGCUAUUCGAUUCCAUCCUCGAUCCCACAAAAUUAUUAUUCCAAAGUUUGUAUCUCUUCUUUACUUUUAAGUGACAAGGGGGGAACGGUAUACUUUCUUCUCUAUGUCGCCGUCUCAUCAAUGAGCGUAGAUUGAUAGAGAUGGCUUUUGUGCUGGUCAAUCUGUAUCCCAUUCUUCAGGUAUAGUUUUGUUUGAUCAUAGAUCGGCAGGUGACCCGUCCUUUCUCCCCCUUUCGUCAUAAGGCGUGGUCUGACUCUGAGAAAAACCAUUCCUGUGUUUAGGUCCCUACUAAGCAGAAUUCGUAAACUAUGCAAGGGCUAUUUUAGAUCCUACUGCUUCUUAUUGUCUCAUCUCAUACACGUUCUCUCUCUUUUUAUUUUUACUUUUGAAACCCUAACAAUACAAUGGUAGGAUUUAAGAACAGAUACAUGGUUAUGGAGGUAUUGUUGGAUCCAAAUAAAGAAAUUUCAGGGGAUGACCCCAUUGUAGUUACCCAAUUUAACAUCUCAAAAGCAAUCAAAGAUAGCAUUCUUGUCAACUUCGGUGAAUGUGGUCUAGCUUCUUCGCUCGGAUCUUUCCAAGUUAAAUACGUCAAUCCGAUUACAAAGCUGUGUGUUAUCAGAGUUUCAAGAGAUGAAUACCAAAAAAUUUGGACUUCAAUAAGCAUGGUUAGGAGAAUUGGGAAUUGUCCUGUGCUAUUUAAUUUGCUGGAUCUUAGUGGUAAUAUAAAGGCAUGUAAAACUGCUGCCUUGAAGUGUGAUGAAUUAAAAUUCGAGCAGUACAAGCUUAUGGUUGGAGCACGGCUCUUGGCUGAUGUUACCCAGCACAUGCAGAACUGUCUUGAGAAGAUCAGAAUUUUAGAACACUAAAAAGUGAUCCACAGGCAGUAGCUGAUUGCCCUGGGAUGCUGGUAUGCCACUAUGCACUUAUGAACUGAGAUCAAAUUGUUCAAAUUUUGGAUAGGCAAAUUAGGCAUUCAUUUUUCACAAUAUUUGGAGUAUCAUCUUACCUAGGGUUGGAACCGAGUUGAGCUUAAGUUGUAAAAAGCUCGACCUUGAGCUCAAUUGACUUUUACCUUUAAAGCUUAGGCCUCAUUAAGCUUUUAUUAAGUAAAACCUGAGUCCAAUUUCCAUGAUUACUUUUAUUUUCGAGCUCAAUUUCAAUACUUGAACAAGUUUAGUAGCCACUCAAUUAGGAUGCUCAAAUUUGUCUUGCUUGAGACAAUGACUGGCAUAUAUUACUUUUUUGAACAAAACUAGAGUAGUUUGCAAGUAAAAAUGUAAUCUUACUAUCUUACACUAAUCUCCUGUAUCUUACCUUAAGUUGGUUUUCUUUUUUUUUUUUAAACAUGAAAAGAGUUUUAAGAUAUUUUGUAAUUCGUAAUACAUUAAAGAUAUUAGGAUUUGUGUUACACAGCUGUAAUGAUUUAUGAUUUUUGUAAUAAGCCUAAAACCUUAGGAGAA